AUGGAGGACAGUCUCCGCAUUCUGGAGUCAACGUCGGCUCGGAAAGGCGCUCAGUAUGAUAAUGAUGCUAUCGCUCUUGCGGUAGAACUUGACGGCUUACCACUUGCCCUUUCCACGGCUGGUACCUAUUUGGCGCAGGUUGCGACGUCAUGGAAACAGUAUUUACAAAAUUACGAGACCGAAUAG